GCCCAGACUUUCACUUCCGAGCCUGCGCCGUCGCUAUUGCAUGUUGGGUAAUGAGCCAGUGACUUGGUGACAGCUGCGACGCGGUGUGUAGCACAGGUAUGUCGCGGUCAUCGGCCAUGCCAAGGAUUUACAUCGGACGGCUCAGCCAUCGGGCCCGGCAGAGCGACGUAGAGCGCUUCUUCAAGGGCUUCGGCAAGAUCUUGGAGGUGGAUCUGAAGAAUGGCUAUGGGUUUGUGGAGUUUGAAGAUGUUCGCGAUGCUGACGAUGCCGUGUAUGAAAUGAAUGGGAGAGACCUAUGUGGAGAGCGCGUCAUUGUGGAACACACACGGGCGCCAAGGAGGGGUUUGCACAAUGGCUAUGGCUACCGAAAAAGUGCCACCGAGAAGUCUGGACCUCCAGUUCGCACAAUGUAUCGUCUGAAAGUCGAAAAUCUGUCUGCACGAUGUAGUUGCCAAGAAUUGAAGGACUUUAUGGGGCAAGUGGGGGAGGUCACCUUUGUUGAUGCUAAUCACCUACGGCCUAAUGAAGGAAUCACAGAAUUCCGUUCAUACUCUGAUAUGAAGAGAGCGCUCGAAAGACUGGAUGGUAAAGAAAUCAAUGGUCGAAAGAUCCGUCUUGUGGAGGAUAGAGCUGGAUCUUGGGCCAGACGCUCUUCCUCACGCAGCCGUUCAAGGUCAAAUUUCAGAUCUCGAUCGCAGAGGAGCAGCCGUUCUAAAUCAAGAUCACGUAGCAGAAGCAAGCGACGAACACGGAGAAGCAAAAGCCCCAGCAAAGACAGGAGACAUAGCAAAAGUGUUAGCAAGGGUAGAAGGGAUAGCCGGAGUCGUACUAAAGAGAGAAGCAUGAGUAAAAGUAACAGAAGUGUAAGGAAGAGGGGACUAAGUCAUAGCUACAGUGAAGAUAGGGUAAAAAGGAGCAAAAAUAGGAGCAGGAGUCGUAGCAAAUUGCAAAAGAGUAGAGAUAGCAGAAGCCCUACUACAGAACAAAAGAAGAAUGCAAGUCGAAGCAAGGAAAGAGAAAGUAGGAGUCAAAGCGAAGAGAGGGACUGCAAAAGUAAUGAAAGAAGUCCUAGCAAAGAAAGAGAAGAUCCAGUUAAUGAGAGGGAAAAGAAUGAUAGUCAAGAAAGAGAAAUAAGUCCAAGAGAAAUAAGUCCAGAAAAGGAACGCUGUGAAAGGGAAAGAAGUUUUAGCCAUGAUCGAGACAGAAGUCACAAUAGGGAAAAAAGGGAUAGCGAUCCAAGAAAAGAAAGAAAUAGAAGUCGAAGCAAAGACAGGAGAGAUAGAAGUGGGUCUAGGGAUCUAAAGAAUAGGGACAGAAGCCAGAGCAGAGGUAGAAGAGAAAAACAUAGCAGAAGCAGAUACAGGAGUCCAAGCAACGAAACCGAGAGAAACAGCAGCUAUGAUGAUGGAUACAGUCAAAGCAACAAAAGUGGCAAAAGUCACAAAGACGUCGAAAGAAAUGGUAAAAGAAGCCGCAGUCAAAGCAUAGAGAGAAAUAGGAAACUUCACCAAGAAGAUCAUAGCAGCAGUAGCGAGACUUCUGCAAAAAGCAACAGAGAGGACACUGAGACAUUUACUGCAGAGUCUGAUACCGAAAUUCAGGAAGCUAAGACUGUGUGCAGAGAAGAACCUGAAGAUGGCAACCCUGCUCAAACGCCUCCAAAAGUUUCUACCCCUGAUGACACAAAAGAAGAAUCCCCAACAGUUAACUCCCCUACCAAACGGCAAUCUAGAUCGGCCUCUCCUACAGAGCCAUGACAUUUUUCGGAUUCCCUUUUAUUAAACAGGUUGCACUCUGCACCUUAUGUUAAUGUUUUAUAUUUAUUUCAGAAAUUAAAACCUCUUCUGGUCUGUGAGCAUCCCACUGUUCUAUUUCAGGACACAAACUUUGUUGGAGUAUAUUUGGUAUGCCUAAAAAGGUUGUUCCUAUGAUUAACGUUUAUGGCAUAUCAGUUCUGCCCACUGAACUCUACAGGAGAUACAGAAACCGCCUCCAACACGUAUAAAGUAGCUCAUAUGUACUAUAGGGAGUUCAGUAGAAAGCGACAGACUAUGCAUGGCCAAAUCCAUGCUGUUCUAAUAAUUGGACAUUCUCGGAAUUUCCUAUUAAAGGGAUCUGUCCCUUCAAAAACGCAUAUAAAACCACCAGCAUUGCCUUAUAGUAGCCCCCAGUCUGUUCUUUAGGGUCCAUUCACACGUCCGUUGU